GCCUAAAGGUACCCGGCACUCUCAGCUUUCCUUCCAUUGAAAUGAAUGGGAAGUGGUGUUUCACCGCGCAGCAUCCUGUGCUAAUUGGAACCGUUUUUGGAGUUGCCUAAUUGGAACCGCAAUUUGGAACAAUGACGGACUCAACAGCCUCAGAUCGGGUGAACACCAUCCCGGAUCCAAUUAUUGUCGAUCAGUCGACUGUAAACGGCCAGUGCGACCCGACACAUCAACUGCCACCCAAAAUCAACAGCCACCCUAAAUUCAAGAUGGACCAGGAGAUGAAAAUUAGCGAUAGCGUGGAGGGGCAAGGCUUACUGGAGAGCAGCAUGAGGCUGAAGCCCCACGAAGCUCAAAGAUACCGCAAGAAAGCGCUGUGGGUCUCCUGGGUUUCCAUCUUUGUGACGCUGAUCCUGGCAGUAGCAGCUUUCACUGUUUCCUUCAUGAGACACAGUGCCUCGGCUUUCGGAUUCGCUUUUGAUGCCGCCCUGGACGUGCUGUCCUCCAUCAUCGUGGUGUGGCGCUAUAGUAAUGCCUCCGCCGUUCACUCUGCACACAGGGAGUACAUAGCCUGUGUGAUCCUGGGUGUGGUCUUCAUCCUGUCCUCCCUGUGUAUUCUGGGAAAGGCAAUCCAUGACCUGGCUACCAAGCUAAUGCCUGAAGUGGAUGACUUCCUCUUCAGUGUGUCCAUCGUCAGUGGCGUGAUGUGUGUCAUUCUGGCCGUGGUCAAGAUCAUGCUGGGUAGGGUGCUCACCAGCAGAGCCCUCAUCACAGACGGUUUCAACUCCCUGGUGGGCGGGGUCAUGGGCUUCUCCAUCCUAAUCAGUGCCAAGGUGUUCAAGCACGAUCCCAAAGUGUGGUACCUGGACGGGUCCAUAGGGGUCCUGAUAGGCCUCAUCAUCCUGGCUUACGGGGUCAAGCUGCUGGUUGAUAUGGUCCCUCGAGUGCAACAGACAAGGAACUACGAGCGCUUUGAGUGACAGAAGACCACGGAAGGGCAGUGAGGGGGAUGGGUUCUAGGUUAUAUACACUGUAGAAGUACGUCCAGUGUCUGUUCUAGGGUAUGUAUAUCUACGCCCAGUCCCUAUCCAGCUCAGCUCCAUUCUUCCUGGUAGAUCUCUCCAGUCACCAUGACAAACCUAUUGAUUGGUUUAGACCUCAAGGUGCCAGCCCACUGGUGUUUUAGUUAGACCCAAGUGGUCCAUUUUGCAGCGUUCCUCCGGUCUCUCUGACUCCGAACCUGAUCUGUCCAUAUGAGUCAUUACAAAGUCAAAGAAGACUGAGGUUUCCCUCUAUAGCUGCUCCUCUACUGAAGCAGGUGGAAGGACAGAACGUGCGCUGCUGAGUCGUCAGGAAAUUGUCACUGCCUCUACAAAGGCACUGCACUGUCUCCACUGAUUAGUCUGGUGUUCGUUCAUAUCUCUAUCUCCCCUUGGACAACAUGGCUAAUUCAAAUACGCAUUGUAGGAUCUCAGUCCUUAUGGGAUUUCAAUGGUUUCUAAUAGGCGCUUUCUUUUGAUCAGUAACACUGUGUGAGUGUGUCCCAAAUGGCACCCUAUUCCCUUUAUAGGGCACUACUUUUGACCACCCUAUUCCCAUUAUUGGACUACUUUUGACCAUGGCCCAUAAAACGUGCAUCAAUUAGGGUGGCAUUUAGCACAUACACCUAUUUCUGUUUGACACCACUGUUCAAAGUAGAUGUGUUGCUUUUUUGUAGUCAUGAUGUAGUAGGGGUGGCAGGUAGCCUAGUGGUUAGAGCGUUGGGCCAGUAACCGAAAGCUUUCUAGAUCGAAUCCCCAAGGUAAAAAUGUUGUUCUGCCCCUGAACAAGGCAGUUAACCCACUGUUCCUAGGCAGUCACUGUCACUGUUCUUUAACAGACUUGCCUAGUUAAAUAAAGAUAAAAUAAAAAUAGUAGUUGGUAAUGUAUAACUUAGGGUACUAGUUGCUACUAUUAGUAGCAGUAGGACAUGUUUUCUAUCCCCCCAAAAAUCAGCAGGGAAAAUAGAUUUCUGAGAUGCCCAUUGUAGACAGGCUGUAGUAUGGAGGACAAUAGUACAGCAGUACAGUAUGUGCAAUAGCAACAUGACAGAAGACUCAUCUAUGGCUUGUGUCCCAAAUGGCACCCUAUUCCCUACAUAGUCACUAUGGACCCUGGUCAAAGGUAAUACACUAUAGGGAAUAGGGUGCUAUUUGGGACAAAACCUCUAUCAUUUGAUUAGUGAAUAUGAAAGCACAAAUGUCCAUGUCGCCAGCUCAUGUAUGGAAUCGGUGUUUGCUUUAUUGCUUAAGGGGUGUUGAAUAAAAGCUUGUGGCAGACCAUCAACAAACAACAUGACUGGAGCCAAAGACUCUAGCCAGAGAUUACUAAUCUGGAAUUAAAACAAGCCUUUCUGUGCACUACAGCCAAAUCUGUUGGCUAGAACACAACAAGUCAUCCCUUUUUAGGCCAUUCCCUCUUCUUUAAUUCCUUAACAAAAUCUGAGGGGGCAAAUGUGGUCUUCCUAGCAAGUAAAUAUAACAUUAUAAUUACGUUUUAAGCUUUCACAAUCUGCCACGCUGGAUGUAAUUGUAGAUGUAGGAUACACACUACAUGACCAAAAGUAUGUGGACACCUGCUCGUCGAACAGCUCAUUCCAAAAUCAUGGGCAUUAAGAUGGAGUCACCCCCCCCCCCUUUCAGCCCCCACUCUUCUGGGAAGCCUUUCUACUAGAUGUUGGAACAUUGCUGCGGGAACUUGUUUAUAUUCAGCCAGAAGAGAAUUAGUGAGGUCGGGCAAUGAUGUUGGCCGAUUAUGCCCGGCUUGCAGUUGGCGUUCCAAUUCAUCCCAAAGGUGUUCGAUACGGUUGAGGUCAGGGCUCUCUGCAGGCCCGUCAAGUUAUUCCAGUUAUUCUCGACAAAAUAUUUCUGUAUGGACCUCACUUUGUGCACGGGGGUAUUGUCAUAAUGAAACAGGAAAGGGCCUUCCCUAAACUGUUGCCAAAGUUGGAAGCACAGAAUCGUCUAGAAUGACAUUGUAUGCUGAACAUUUCCCUUCACUGGAACUAAGGGGCCUAGCCCGAACCAUGAAAAAACCCCAGACCAUUAUUCCUCCUCCACCAAAAUUUUAAGUUGACACUAUGCAUUGGGGCAGGUAGCGUUUUCCUGGCAUCCGCAGAAUCCAGAUUCGUCUGUCGGACUGCCAGAUGUUAAUGCGUCAUUCAUUACUCCAGAAAACGCGUUUCCACUGCUCCAGAGUCCAAUAGCAGCAAGCUUUACACCACUGCAGCCGACGCUUGGCAUUGCACAUGGUGAUCGUAGGCUUGUGUGUGUGGAUGUUCUGCCAUGGAAGCCCAUAUCAUGAAGCUCCCGACAAACAGUUAUUUUGCUGAUGUUGCUGCCAAAGGCAGUUCCGAACUCUGGAGUGAGUGUUGCAAUCGAGGACAACACUCGGCGGUCCCGUUCUGUGAGCUUGUGUGGCCUACCACUUGUUUCUCCUAUACGUUUCCACUUCACAAUAACAGCCUUUACAGUUGACCGGGGCAGCUCCAGUAGGGCAGAAGUUUGACGAACUGACUUGUUGGAAAGGUGGCAUCCUAUGACAGUGCCAAGUUGAAAGAUACUGAGCUCUUCAGUAAGGCCAUUCUACUGCCAAUAUUUGUCUAUGGAGAUUGCAUGGCUGUGUGUUCGACUCUAUACACCUGUCAGCAAUCUGUAUGGCUGAAAUAGCCGAAUCCACUAAUUUUGAAGGGGUGUCCACAUACAUUUGUGUGUGUAUAUGUGGUUUGCAAAAUGAAAAUAAUCCACAUAAAUUGUUGUUAUAUGAAUUACAUGAAUACAAAUGUUGACACACUGCACAAGGAGGGUGCUUAAGGGCUCUAUUCAAUUUGAAUCGAGGAAAUUGAUUGAUUGAUGUUCCCGGGUUAGAGGAGACUGCAUUCAUGGUAAACACUGCAGAUGUCGGCUCAACAGGAAAUGACCUUUAAAUCAGUAAUGCUUCAGGCUACAGAUUGACUAGAACCCUAAAGGAAGACGAUUGAAGUCAAGCUGUGUAUACCUAUUCAUUCUUUCUGAAUACUGUACCAAUGAACGUUGUCAAGAAGACAUGAGUUAUUAUAGUACAAAUACAUUUUUGUCCAUAUAGAAAGGGAUGUUUGUUUACAGGUGGGACAGGUCAUUACGCUCACUCCAAAUGGCUUUUCUAGACCAGGAUUCAAUCCGAGAGGCUUGUUAUAGAGCAGUGCACUGGACAGCCGACAAUGCACUUUUUUAAAGGUAAUUUACACUGAAUUUAUUUUCACUGCCGUGAAUGUGAUCUCCACGAACACUGGGGAAAUGGCUUUUUUAAAGGGGGCGUUGUCGCAUGUCAACUGUGCUGCACUAUAACAUGCUCUGGAUUGAAUCCCGGCCUUACUAUAAUUAUUACCAAGACCAUUUGUACGGCGCAAUGAAUUCUUGUAUAUAUUGUAAUAUAAGUUGACAUGUUUACAUUGGUAUUGCCAAUUUAAGCAAAAACUAGAUUUGUUAGAUAAUCGGUUGCGCUGAUGUUCUGUGUUAAGAGUGCCUAAGAUAAGUCAAUAUUUGUGUUCACAAAGGAAAGUGUCAUUAGAUGUACUAAGUUCAGGAUUUAGGAUGUGUUGAGUUUACUUCGAUAAUGUAAUUGGGCAAGAGUUGCACCACUGUAACCUUUGUUUUCUGUGACGGUUUUCAGUCAAAAAGUAUGGAUAUUACCACAACCCCCUAACUUUAUGCCUGUCGUCAAGCAAAACACUUAGGCUGCGUUCCAGGCUGACUAUAUUACAGAAGCAUUCCAGAUCUCACUAACCCUAAUAUUAGUUUACCAUGUCAUAUGAUAAAUUAAUCUGAUACUCAACUCUGCAGCCGAUGUGACACACAACCAUUGGUUGAUGCAAUGCAUGUCUGCAAUGUAAUCGGCCUGGAACAUGACAAGCUCCUUGGAGCCCCAUGGCUCUUUGCCCAAAGGCUAGCAGAUUGGCGAUAUUGAGUCGUUUAAUCUUACCUUCCAAACGCAUUGUAUGCAGCUGGCAAUACGCUUGUCACUCGUGGACCACUUCAUACCUAAAACAUUCUCCAUUCAGGCCGCAAUGUUGUCAAUUUCCUCAACUAUAUUUAAUGGUGAGAAGGCAACAAAAAUGCCUAGGAAUGGUAGUCCCCAAUGUUGCGUAUCGUUUUCAGCCAAUCAGGUUGCAGCAGUCUGUUUACCCCUGGCUGAAUGCAGGGAGCAACAUCAUGAAGUAGAAUUAGCCACUCAGGCUAGCAGAUUUUAUAAUGCAAUUUAAACAGUUACUUUAGACAACUGCCUUUGUAUUGGGAGAUGUUUAAACUCUUUUAUAGAAUAUGGAAAAUAGAUUGCCAUGUUGGCAGUUUGAUUUUGUUUUGUAGUUUGAUUUUGUAACUUAAAAUGAACAAAUACAAUUACAUUUAAUAAAGAGAAAUUCAAAAAACAAAAGCAAAGUAUCCAGUUUCAGUUGAACAACAUCCUUUUGCAAUAGCAUGAUUGUGGAAAAUGGUGUUUCAUAAAGAAAGUAUGCAUAUUUUCCCCACUUUCUCACCAUUAAUUAUAUUUAAGGAGGAAAUGGAUAACUUCAGCCUGAAUAGAGAAUGUUUUAGGUACAAACUGAUCCAUGGGGGAUACGCAGUUUCUCUGGACCCCAGUAAGGUUAUUAUUAUAUAUAUAUUUUUUUCAAGGUCUGACCUACUGGGCACAAACAUCAAUUUGAUGUAAUUUCAUUGAAAUUACGUGGAAACAAUGUUGAUUCAACGUAAUUUCAUUGAAAUUACGUGGAAACAAUGUUGAUUCAACCAGUGUGUGCCCAGUGGGGAGGCACUAUUUCAGUUACAUUACUGAAGCCCAAGAAACAAACACCUAGUACAUAUGGAAAUUAAAAAUGUUUCUGAAUGACUUUUAGGAGGGUUACAUAAAAAAUAGUUCGAUGUCAGGCACAUGGUCCCUCAGCGCUCGUGGGCCCCCUCGUGUGGGGUGUCUGGCUGCAUACAACGCAUUUGGACUAUGAAAUGAUUCAAUAUCACCAUUUGCUUAGCCUUUGGGCUACUUGGCUCGCUGGUCUCAGACACCAAUCAAAGACAGUGAGGUAUCAAAGGAUAUCAUUUAAUAGUAGAUGGAAAUGUCAUCCUUUCCAAGCCACAUUUUCACUGCACAGAAACAAAGCCUUACAGAAUGUGCCCCCAGGUCAAUGGUUAAGUAAACUGCUCAGAACAUUGCAGAUAGAAAUUUAAUGAAUAGAGUUGUGUAAAUUUACAAGAUGGAAAAUCAUAUCUGCUCUACAAAAUGCAUAUAUUAAUAUUGUACAACAUUGCAUACCUGAACAGACCACACAAUUCUGGAAACUAAGUUUUACUUGCAGGGAACUGCUCUUGUGAAUGCUGUUUGUCUAGCAUAGUUGGUAAUACAUUCACAUAAAUGAUUCAGUGUUUGUGGUGCCUAUGCUGCAUGUUCUCAUUUAUUGGCCAAUAAGAAACAACCGUUUCCAAUUGGAGAAAACAAAUGUUUUUCUUUGCAUGACUUGCAUGAACACGACCUAGGAAUAUGUUUUUAAGGUACUGCAAAAUAGUUAAUUUGAGCUCCUACACAAAUUAAGGUUGGAUUCAUUGCUAAUCGACGAAGUUCAGCUAUAUAGUAUACUUGAAGUGUAAAGAUAAUUUCCCAUUGGGCCGACAUGCAGCAGCGUUUACCGUGAAUGCAGUCUCCGCUAACACGGCUAAAGCAGCGAUUGCCUUUAAAAUGUCACAGGCUACAAUGUGGAACUUCAGCGCUACGGAUUGUAUCUAACCCUCAAACGAUUGUAAACUCUGCACAAUGUGGUUGUGGUCAGUUUUUGAUAGCAGCAGUUAAGAUUUGCUUAAGCUUUACACAAUGUACAUUUCUAUAGAACACACAUGACAGACCCAUUUGUCACAGAAAAAGGUUUAUUGAAAAAUAAAGUUAUAUCCCACUUAUUCGUCAAACUGAAAACAAAAUGCUUUUUUUUUUGUACAGUCGUAAUUUAGUCCCAGAACAAUCGUUGCUUUAGCUUUUCCAUGAUAGCUUAAAACAAGGUUGAGAUUGGGGGAAAAAAGUCAAUGAAUAUGUAGGAAGGCAAAUGCAGAUUUGACAACGGAGACAUUUCGAUGUUGGGUUAAAGAGACUGAAGGAACUCUUCUCAUGUCCAUAACACAUCUUCCUUUCAGCUAUCAUUUUAGGACAAACCAAUUUCAAAUAGACAAUUAUAGAGGCUAUUUAUAUUGGUUCUCAAGAUCCCUCAUAAAUAACCAAUGAAAGGAAAGAAAGUUGACAACAUACUCUGUCUGACUAAUACAAGUAUAACAAGGCCAUUGCCACAGAUGCUUUCAUAUGCUGUAUUUUACCCCACUACAAGCCUUCGGUAAACAUGUCCACAACAGCAUUAAGACAUUUGUUUUAACCAUCAAAGUCCAACACAUACAAUUACUGUUUACCUUUACAGUUAAUGUUAUAAGAAACACUAUCCUUCUAGCAAACUAUGUGAACUCAACUAACAAUUUUCUCUGCCACUAGGUCCGGUAGAUCUAUUGGGCAGGUACGAUAAGCGGAGUCUAGUAAUAACCAUCAAAAGGCACGUCAUGUACUUUUUAUUAACGGUAGCUUGGCUGCAGAUCGUAUACACAAACUUAAUAAAAACUGAUCUGGACGGGAAAAAUAACAAGUCAUAAAAUGUAAGUGACCAUCUAAAAGACAACGUAUCUAUAUUUACACAUGUGCAAAUGGUUUGCAUUAAGAUCUGAAAAUAAAAACGUCACGAGGUUCUUGCUGGCAUUUACAAUAACAAAUCAAGUGUGCGUUGCUUUUGUCCCAAUAUCAUCAUCACCCCGAAAGCACAGUGAUGAGAGGAGCGACAUCUGUCACUACUGUCCAGUCCAACACAUUUCA